CACGAUUCGAUAUCUUCUUACCUUUUUAACAAACCUUCAAGAUAAUUACCUCAAUUAUAAAAACUUUGAUGCUAAAUGAAACGUCAUUUAUAAAUCAAAACAUUCCGAAUCUUCUGACUCAGCGUGUAAAUCGUAUAUCGUUCAUUCGUACCUAUCACCUACACCUUCAACAAUGGACGGUAUUCCGGAAAAACUGCCCGAUCCGGACUCAAUCCCUCCGAUUGAUCCGAGCAAAACACCGAAGCAAAUCUACUUCGAACUUCUCCGCACCUGGGUCCAUCACGCUCAGAUGCAGCAGCAGAUGCAGGCCUACUUUCCGUACUAUCUGAUGAACAACUAUCCGCAGCUGUUCCAGCCGACAGCCGGAAUAGGUCCGAAUGGGCAGCCGAGCAAUGGCGCUGUCGCCACGGGGACUGCAGCUACGGGCAAUCAGGCCCAACAAGGGCAGCAGCAGAACGCCAACCAAAGGCGAGCUGCUGAACUGUUGGAUCCCGCCCGACAGGAAGAGAUUAUCAAUCGGAAUGGAGGCUACGAGUAUGUGAUAGCGCCACUUUGGAAGCGAUUCUUGGCGGAGGCAAUCGACAUCGUGAUAAUCUUCUUGCUCAAAAUCAUGACGACGAUGGCAUUCAUUGAUAUCUUUGAUAUCGAUCUAUUGGACAUCGAUUUUGAUGCAAUUCGGAACUCGAUCGAGGAAGACUACACGGAACUUCUGUCAUUUACUUCAGAGCUCAUCUUCCUCGAAAUUAUAACAAAAAUCGCGGUCUGCAUCUACGAAACGGUUUGGACCAUCCACGGUCCAAAUGGCCAAAUCGGUGGCGCUACUCCGGGUAAAAUGUUGAUGGGUAUUCGUAUCGUUCAUGUGGAAGCCGUCGUGCUACUGGAUCCACCCCAGCCGGGAAUGAUGAUCAACAAUCAGCACCCCGUUAAGGCAUUGCUCUAUCCGGCGACCAACCCGGGUUUUAAGCGGGCACUUUUCCGAUCGAUUGCGAAGAACACUCUGAUUGCGCUUCUGUUCCCGAUGUGCUUCCUGAUGUUCUUUUUCAAGCACAACCGCACCAUGUACGAUGUUAUGACCAAGACGAUUGUGGUUGAGGAUAAUCCGACACCGGUUCUGCGGAGACGCUAAGGCAUCAUUUUAACAUGUCGGAAAAUCAAGAGAAGGUAAGUUUUAAUAGUCGUUAUUGCUUCCUAUGUUAACCACAGAGAUAACGUUAGUUAGUAGUCAAAGUUUGCAUGCAGGGAAUUACGGGAUUCCAGUGAAAUUUAGUUUGUCGUAGGAAGAUUGUGUUUUACAACAAUGGCUGUGUUGUAUAGAUGAAAAUGUUUUGUCGGUUCACCAAAUUAUUCAAUUAAAUGUUAAAGUACAA